CGCACGUCUUUACGCACGCCUCGGCCGGCGGCGGCGGCCAAGGGCGGGAGGGAUCGUCCGCGGAGGGAUUGGGAGAUUCGGAGCCUCACGGCCGCUUUGGCAGCAUGUAAGCAACUUCUUGCCAAGAACCCAGGUCACUGCUGAGAAGGGGGCCUUAGGGAGAAGAAUAUCCAGAGGAAACCAAUGCCAGACACGUCUGGAGUUACACUCAACGCAGGCAGCAUGAGACAUUCUGUGCCAGCAUCUGUGUCCUGCUGGCAAAGACUGUAGCUCUCCAAGUUGGAGGGUCCUGGAAGCAGCACGCACCAGGAGCCUCUCGAGAGGAAGAAUGGGGCCAGAUGUGAACUCUCUACAAUGAACACAGUUUUCAGCUUAUGAAGGAGUUUUAAGUAAAACAAUUAUUUAAUUUCCACAUAUUCAAGUUCGGUAGCCUUCUGUGUGAAGAGCCAGCAGUCACCCAUCCCCCCGCCCCCACAAAAGUUAUCAGGAUUAUUCUGGCACCAAGUUGAACUCUUCUUGGUACUUCUGGCAAUGACAGAUCUUCAGAACAGAUUUAUCUGUUAAAUGCUCUUGAGCAGGAAAGAAAAAGUAAAACUUCUGGAAGGAGCGGGAAGUAGCAGAGCGGAUCCCUCCCUCACUACGCACUUUCACACAAACUCUGCCUGGACUCGGAUGCUUGCACUGAAGAUUGGUCCUGCCUCACUCACUUCCAAAGUCCAUCAAUUCUGGGGAGAGCUGGCAUUUUCGGGCUGCCUCCUGUGGCCUUUUUUACUGUCCUUCUGCCUGUAGGCAGUCAAAUAAUGUGACUUGGAACGGGGUUUGCUAUCCUAUGGGGACUUGCUUUCUUUCCCAGGCUGGUGCUGUCUGACGGGACCAUCGGAAGACGGUGGUUUGUUCUCGGGGGAGGGCACUGGCCUUGCCUGGAUCCUCCACCAUGUUCCUGUUGCUGCCUUUUGAUAGCCUGAUUGUCAACCUUCUGGGCAUCUCCCUGACUGUCCUCUUCACCCUCCUCCUUGUUUUCAUCAUAGUCCCUGCCAUUUUUGGAGUCUCCUUUGGCAUCCGAAAGCUCUACAUGAAAACUUUGUUAAAAAUCUUUGCGUGGGCCACCUUAAGGAUGGAGAGAGGCGCCAAGGAGAAGAACCACCAACUUUACAAGCCCUAUACCAAUGGAAUCAUUGCAAAAGAUCCCACUUCGCUAGAAGAAGAGAUCAAAGAAAUCCGUCGAAGUGGUAGUAGUAAGGCUCUGGAUAACACUCCAGAGUUUGAGCUCUCCGACAUUUUCUACUUUUGCCGGAAGGGAAUGGAGACCAUCAUGGAUGAUGAGGUGACAAAGAGGUUCUCAGCAGAGGAGUUGGAGUCCUGGAACCUGCUGAGCAGGACCAACUAUAACUUCCAGUACAUCAGCCUUCGGCUCACUGUCUUGUGGGGCUUAGGAGUGCUGAUUCGCUAUUGCUUCCUUCUGCCACUCAGGAUAGCUCUUGCUUUUACUGGGAUUAGCCUUCUGGUGGUAGGCACCACCGUGGUGGGAUACCUGCCAAAUGGGAGGUUUAAGGAGUUCCUGAGUAAACACGUUCACUUAAUGUGUUACCGGAUCUGCGUGCGAGCCCUGACAGCCAUCAUUACCUACCACGACAGAGAAAACAGGCCCAGAAAUGGUGGCAUCUGCGUGGCCAAUCACACCUCUCCAAUCGACGUCAUCAUUUUGGCCAGCGAUGGCUAUUACGCCAUGGUGGGUCAAGUGCACGGGGGACUCAUGGGUGUGAUCCAGAGAGCCAUGGUGAAGGCCUGCCCUCACGUCUGGUUUGAACGCUCUGAAGUGAAAGAUCGCCACCUGGUGGCUAAGAGACUGACUGAGCAUGUGCAGGAUAAAAGCAAGCUACCCAUCCUCAUCUUCCCAGAGGGAACCUGCAUCAAUAAUACAUCAGUGAUGAUGUUCAAAAAGGGAAGUUUUGAAAUUGGAGCCACAGUUUACCCUGUUGCUAUCAAGUAUGACCCUCAAUUUGGUGACGCCUUCUGGAACAGCAGCAAAUACGGGAUGGUAACAUACCUGCUGAGAAUGAUGACCAGCUGGGCCAUUGUCUGCAGCGUUUGGUACCUGCCUGCCAUGACCAGAGAGACAGAUGAAGAUGCCGUCCAGUUUGCCAAUAGGGUGAAAUCCGCCAUUGCCAGGCAGGGGGGGCUUGUGGACCUGCUGUGGGAUGGUGGUCUGAAGAGGGAGAAGGUAAAAGACACGUUCAAAGAGGAGCAGCAGAAACUGUACAGCAAGAUGAUCGUUGGGAACCAUGAGGACAGGAGCCGGUCCUGAGCCCGCGCCUUGCGCUGGCGGGAGCCACUGCUCGCAGAUCCUGACCCGCGAGCCAGCUGGAGUUGCUGCCGCCGCUGCCCCUGCUGCCCCCACUGCUGCAUCCUUUCCAACUCCGGGGCUCUUCAGGCCGCUCUGGAUCCCAGGACUCCAGCUGCUUUAGAACUGCCCCUGGGUGCACCGUCUGCAGUGGGCACUGCCGGGGGUUGCUGCCCAGGACGAGAUGCCUUCUUGUUUCUUUUACACUAAGUCCAUUGGAGGAAUGCCAUUAAAGUCAGCUCUCCACCUGUGCACGUGUGGGGCUGAGUGGUUGGGAAGCCUUGGCCACGUGCCUGUGUUCAGGACGUUAGGGUGUCAGUCUGUUACAGAUGCCAUAUGCCAGGGACUUUGCUGAGGAAAGCCCUCCCUCCCCCCCCCCCCCCCCCCCCGCUUCUGAGGAGAGAAGGCAGUAUGACUUGCUUCAGCCCAAACAUCGCCGCCCCGAGCCUCGGAGCUCUGCAGACUGGGUGAAAGGAAAACUGUUGUCUGCGGGGGCUUUUGGCAAAAUGGGGUUUUAAAUCCUGUGCUCCUCCCCACAAGCAGAAGCACAGGAUCACCAAAGGGGAUGGCAGGAAGCAAGGUGGACCAGUGACUAGGGCGUGGUGGGAACCAAGAGUCAUUUUGUGUUCAGACUCCAGUGCUAAUCCUGAACUCCCAUGUGACUUGCUCUCUGUUAACUUGUGCCUCAGUUUCCCCAUCUGUUACCUGGAUCAGGAGGGGAAGGUGGUCAUACCUACCUCACAGGGUUGUUGUGGGGAUCAAAGUGCUACUUUGAAGGACAAGUUGCUCAGUGUUAAAAGUAUAGGUCCAUGAAACGUGGCAGGAAAGGUCUGAACUCAGAGCUGCUGCAAAGGGCUUUGAGUUUGUUUUUGUGAGUAAAUAAAAUUGUCUUUGAUGGUCAAUUAAUUGAGGGGUUUUCCCUUCACUCUUUUCCCGUAUAACUAGCCCUAAGCAACAUGCUUCAUAGAGUUACAGUCCUCUGACUUGACCAUAACCCCAAGACUGUCGGGAAUCCAUUUGGCUUCUGGAAUGAGGAAUAGUACCGUUCAGAAGAAGCUACUCCCCCUAUCAGAUGUUUGCCUGUCUCUCUGACGCGCUUAGAAUUUCCAGCACAGACAGGUGUGGAGUUCUCCACUGAUGGGUGCCUGGGAUAAGAGGCGUGUGAAGAGGUGCCAUUUGUUGAGGACAAGGAUAGGGCAGUCUAGAUGUAAGGACUGUGGGAAGCAGCAAGGUAGGAACAGAGGCUCUGGAAGGGUUAGAGAGGGGACAGGAUGGGCAGGUGGUGCACCGUGGGCUUCCACACAGCCGGAGGAAAGCUGGGAGCUUCCUGGGUCUCCUGUGCCCAGCUGCAGUCACUGUGAAGGCGGAUCCCAAGCCAAGCAACCCUCACCAGUUCUGGCUCUCAGGGUGUACCAGUUUCACGCCCCCACCUCGCUCCCCCUCUGCCCAUCCGUCCAACCCUUCCCACUCCUGCCGCUGGAUCCAGCAAGGCACAGCUGUGACACCUGUCAGGAUUUGCACCAGCCGCUGUAAGCGUCGCCUUUCCCAGGCUGCCCUGGGCCUGUGCGGGGGGCUGAGGCAGGAGGGCAACCCUGCUCCUGAGACCUCACUUGAUAGCACUUUGUCUUCCCCGCCCUGACUGCGUCCUGUUCCUUUACCUCCCUUACUGGCCUCCGGUCUGCUCUCACCUGGCCUGUUGCUAACCAGUGAGAAACGAUUUUUCUUUCCAAUAAAAACCCUGUUUUGACUGUUAAGGAACAGCCUCUUAUGAACUGUUUUACAGAGUGAACAGUGUUUUUCAGCUUUUAGAGGAGACAAUAUAGUGUUUAAAAACCAUCCGGAAUGAUCUUUAAAAUCAGUUUUUGAGGCUCAAGUUCCCUUUUUUUAAAAGUUCUUUUUAAAAAAGCUCUCUUGUUUAGUACGUUUACAUCAUGAUUUUCAUAAAUAUGCUGAAAAGAAUGUGAAAAAACUAAAAAUAUUAAAAAUAUGCCUGUCGGUUACCUAGCAGAGUAUUGCAAGAGCCUGGGUUAGAAUCAACUACUGUGUAAAGAAAUACUUGUGGAAACUAAGCAAGGGUUAUUGUACUGUUUUACAAAGAGAAGAGAUGUGAAUUACGCCCCCCACCAGAAAAGCAAUUUCUAAAAUUUUUAUUUGGUUCAUGUUUAUGGUUCAUGUUUAAAGUAUGGGGACUCAUCAAACUACACCACCUUUUUAAAUUGGGGACCUGCGGGCCCCCCAUUACCCCUAAGUCAGAUGCUUGGUUUGGGAUAGCUGGACAGGUUUUGGGUGGUAAAGCCUUAACAACACGUAGGACCAACCACAGAAUCAUGUAAAGCAAAGCCAAGUACAGAAGACUCAGGAUCUAGCAGCAGUGAGGAUGGUUCUGGAAUAAAACCAAUGGCAUCAGUUGGUGGGAUGAGCCCUGGCCAACCUCUAAUCCCACUUCUAAACCAGCUACUCACUUGCUGUUUUGACCUCCUCUCUCCAUUCCCUGACCCACAAUUAAGGACUUGGGCUAGAUGGCCUCCAAACCCCUUUCCAUGUCUGUAAGUUUAAAAACCAUGGUUUUAACUUUAGCUCUCAUUUCCCAAGUCAUCUGGUUCAGAUCUGAUUCGGAUGCAUUUUGUUCCUGGAGAACAUAGAGCUAGUGAACACUCCGCCAGACGGUGUCCCUGUGUGAAGGGGGGGCUUCCAGGUUUCAGGUGAAGGGGGGCCGGGUGGAUUUGAAUGUGGAUCUCGGAAAGCUGUUUCCACUCAACCAUGAGGUAUCUUUGGUCCAGCUAGUUAGAGAAGGAAUUUUCUUGAAAGGCUAGUGAGAUUCCCCUGUCAGAGGAAGCUCGGUAGACGGCUGUGGGCCAGGCCAGAGCUCAGCAGGCUUGGCUUGAUGGAGCAGUUAGAGAUGAUGGCCUUCCAACAGUAGAACUAGCUUUCGAGCCUGGUUCUGGACCGCGUCAGCCCUGGCUCCCUGCUGCUGCCCUGCCCAGGUGAGAAGAGACUAGCUGUGAGGGGGCACCGAGUGCCCCACGGAGCCCUGCGUACCCAGCCCUUGGGGGCAGCAGCCCGCCAACAGCAGCCGCGAGCCCUGCUGUCCUGCAGAACUGUUCUGGGUCUGGAGAUCCCGCCGUUCCUUUUGGGAAUCGCCCGAAAACACCGUGGCCUCUGGGAUUGCUGCUUCCAUGUCCGUCCGUGACACACCAGCGAGAGCGAGUCCCCCGUGGUGCGUGUCCCCUGGGCCCGCUGUACCUCUCAGGCAGCCAGACUCGAUUUCUCCCAUUGCACGCAUGCUGUGUGGCCUGGGACCCGCCGGCCGGAAGGGCAGCUGCACGCACACUGGCUCUUGGACAGGCUAAGAGACGACCAAGCGGCCAUCCAUCUUCCGUGGCGCUAACACCCCCUCUCCCCCCAGUCAAUAUGUCUCUCUCCGAUGGGAAAGUUAAUAAAUUUUGCUCUAGAUUAAAAGUAUUGAUCAUUUCAUUUGUAAACGAUAAAUAAAAAGGGGGGACUUUUCAUUGCAGCAGGGGUGGCGUCUGGUGUAUUUUGCCGGUGCAGUUGCGCCAGCCGUCGGGGGGGGGUGGGCUUCUCAUAUGCAUUCCGGCCGGCCAGCUGCAUUGAUUUCCUAUUAGUCUCCCCAGCACCACCCAGUAACACAUCAUUUCAGUACCUGCUAUUAAUGGUCUUUUGAUAAAUAAUCACUUGUAAGUCAAUAAAUUUUUAUUAAACAGU